AUAUUGAUAAGAAAACGAAACCGAUUUUUUCUAUUUAAUCUAUUGUGUGCGUUGCCGUUGCAACUCUAAAACGUAUAUAAUUAGUUAGGAUUUGUCUACUUAUCGGAAAGGUAUGGAGCUGAUCUUCUCCAAACUUUUAAUUCUCAUUGGAUUAACGAAUCACAUGACUUCAGCCACAUACCAUGAUUCAAAUGGCUGUCACGCUGGAGAUUACAUGUUGGUGAGAAGACUUGAUCGUACGUAUGAAAAUAAAACUCGUGCCCCUCAAUGUGAAAAACUCCUAGGAUUCCUUUGUCGCCCUGAGCUACAGUCACCAGGACAGUGUUUCAAGUUAGCCUGUGAGGUAGGGGCCAAUGUCAUUUACUUCGACCUUGAAACCGAGUGUUCGGCGUACCAAUGUGACUUUAACGUUGAAGAACACGAUUGGGACUAUAAGUGGAAAGAAAAGAAGAGUUCUAAAGGAAGGACGUAUGCCUUGCCACACCCAGCUUCCUCCCGCUGUCACAAUUCAUAUUUUGUUAGGAGAACAUGGGACAGACAGGAAAGCGGUAGGUCCACAUGUCAUCGUAUAACUAGUAUGUCCGUGGAUAGCUUGGAAGACUGCAAAGUGAAGGCAUGCAAUGAUAAGGCUAAUACGCUUAACUUUGACUUUGAAUUUGACGUCGAUGGCAAGACGGAUCAUGGCCAUGCAUGUGAAACCAUGUACUGUAAUUGGAAUUCAAAGGAGUAUGAUUAUGACAUAAAGGUGAAACAGUUUCGUAGUAGAGCUAUUGUUGGUCGCGUAGAGGUUUACUCCCUGGCACAUAUGUCCAAAACAUGUAAUGGCUUACGGAACAGCACAGUUAAAAUACCGCUACACGUUCCUAGGAAAUGUGGAAAGCCAGGCUAUUUUAAAAACGACCUAUUCAUACCAAAUUUAUUUUGUGAUUCUGGUUUCAACUCCUUCCAACAUCAAAAUGCAGACUCAACAUACACCACCUUUAAGUGUGAUUUGAACGACGAAGGAACGGAAUGGGCAUUUUAUGACGACAACGAAUAUAUAAGACCAGAUUUGCGAGAAACAGAAUGGCUGGUGUUGCCACCCCCUGGGACACCAAACUGUGGGUCUGAUAAGAUUUUCAGGCUCAGAAAAAUGAAGGCUGAACACAAAAUGUCCCUCUGUAGUCAUUCCGAAAGAAUAGCUGCUGCCCGAGAUUUGCGACAGUGCAUGUUGUAUGCAUGUGAAAGAGGCAAUGUCAAUGUCAUUAACUAUUACUAUAGUUCAGAAAUGGUCGUAUGCGAUCUCAGAAUUUGUGCAGAAUCAGCGAAUGGUGACUAUAGCUUCCAAUAUGCAAUGACUGAUGGAAAUCAUGGUUAUGAUGUAUACGCAUUGCAAUCCGACCCAACCAUUGAAGUGAACACCAUGAUUAAACCACCAAAGGAAAACGUCACUUUGACCCCAACAAACAGCACAAACACUUAUUUAUCUGAAUUAAAUAGCGCAAGAGAUGAGAUAGCUCGUUUGAAAAAUGGAGUAGCAGCUCUUGUCACGAUUUUGAUCAUGCUGUUACUUGUAGGUAUCGGUUUGUGCGUUCGAUAUAAGUCCACGAAGAAGCGAUGCAAUGAGUGGUCAGGUUCGACAAACGCUACAUUUGGACACGAUGCGGGGCAAGUGAUAAAUAAAUCUGACUGCCCUCCGGGGGGAAAUAAAGAACAAAGUUCUUUGUUGGAAGAAGAUGCUCGACCAAAGCAUGAACGUAUCACAGAACUGGGUUCGGCUGAACGGCAACUUACACACGAUUGA